AUGCAUCGGCAAGGACGGGGAUGCCCACCCGUGACCUCGUGUUUGCACAGGCAAGACCAAUGUCAAGGACGAGGAGCUGGACGCCAUGCUGCAGGAGGCCUCGGGGCCCAUCAACUUCACCACCUUCCUGAACAUGUUCGGGGAGAAGCUGACCGGUACGGAUGCCGAGGAGACCAUCCUGAACGCCUUCAAGAUGCUGGACCCCGAGGGCAAAGGCAGCAUCAACAAGGACUACAUCAAGAGGCUGCUCAUGUCCCAGGCUGACAAGAUGACUACGGAGGAGGUCGACCAGAUGUUGCAAUUUGCAAAGAUCGACGCUGCAGGCAACCUGGACUACAAGGCGCUGAGCUAUGUGCUCACCCAUGGGGAGGAGAAGGAGGAAUGAGGGGUGCCCCACCCCACCCCCACUGGGUGGGGCCAGUUCAAUAAACCCGAACCCACCAACCUGCCUGCAAGUGUCUGUGGGGAGGG